UUGAAAAUAAAAUGAAGAAAACAUGAAAAAGAAGCGAUUCUUCCACAGCGGGAGGGAUUGGUUAGCUCUCAUGUCGAGGAUUUUUCAGCUUUCAGUUCAGAGGUUUGGAGUUGAGUUGUGGGAGUUAAUGCUCAGAGGAAUGUGAGGAAGGAGGAGAUUUCAGCUUCAGUCCUUCUUUUCACUUCUCACUCUCAGCUUCUCCUCUUCCUCAGGACCUUUUCUUCUUCUCCUCCUCCAGCUUCUCUCAGGACCACCUCAGCCCACUGUAGAGAUGCCGGGGACUCUCCCAACCUUUCCCAGCAUGCCGGCCUUGCUCAGCUCCCUGCCCAGAGGAGUCAAUCCUCCCAGUUUAUCCAGAGGCAUCACCAUACCCAGCCUGCCCAGGGGCAUGAUGCUGCCCAGGGUCGUUGCCAUGCCGACUGUACCCCAGGCUCCUCGAAGGCUGCUGCAGGACUGCUACUCUGUGUUCGACCACCAGACAGCCGGAGGUCUGUGUGGCUGCUGCUGGGCGUUACGUCCUCGCUACAAGCGGCUGGUGGACAACAUUUUUCCAGAAGACCCAGAGGACGGGCUGGUGAAAGCCAACAUGGAGAAGCUAACCUUCUUUGCUCUGUCGGCUCCAGAGAAACUCGACCGUAUAGCUGCAUACCUGUCAGAGCGUCUGACCAGAGAGCUGAACCGCCACCGAUACGGGUAUGUGUGCAUAGCGAUGGAGGCGCUGGAGCAGCUACUGUUGGCCUGCCACUGCCAGAGCAUCAACCUGCUGGUGGAGAGUUUCCUCAGCACGCUGCGUCUGCUGCUGGAGGCCGACAAGCCGCACCUCCACAUCCUCGCCACCAACUCAUUUGUUAAGUUUGCGAACAUCGAGGAGGACACGCCUUCGUACCAUCGCAGCUACGACUUCUUUGUGUCUCGCUUCAGUGAGAUGUGUCACUCUGAACAUGAAGACCCUGACACCCAAACCAGGAUCCGCGUGUCGGGGAUCCGCGGCCUCCAGGGCGUGGUGAGGAAGACGGUGGACGACGAGCUGCAGGUGAACAUCUGGGAACCUCGGCACAUGGAGCAGAUCGUCCCGGCCCUGCUGGUCAACCUGCAGUCGCACACAAACAGCGACACCGGGUCUCCUGCAGAGCACACAGAGGUGUGUUUCAGAGAGCUGCUGGGACGAGCUGCGUAUGGACACAUCACCAAUGCUAUCAGACCAGUUCUCAUGCACCUGGACAGCCGCUGUCUGUGGGAGGGACGAGGGUUUGCUGUGCGCUGUUUUCAGAUCAUCAUGUACUCCAUUCAGUCCCAGCACUCCCACCUGGUCAUCCAGCAGCUGCUGGGUCACCUGGAUGCCAACAGCAGGAGUCCGGCGUCGGUCCGGGCCGGGAUCGUGGAGGUUCUGUCUGAAGCUGCUGUUAUAGAAGCAGCAGGAUCUGUAGGUCAGUGUGGAACACUCUUCCAGACUUCCUGCACUGGUUUCCACUAUGAGGCUUCACUCCUGCUUCAUCCUGCAGGUCCCACAGUCCUGGAAGUCUUCAACACCUUACUGCGACAGCUCCGGCAGAGCGUCGACUACCAGCUGACCGGUUACUAUGACAACGCUGGGAAACGCAAAACCACCUCAACUCACGAGAAAAUGCUGCAGGACGCCGUCAUCAAAACCAUCGGAUGCUUCGCCAACACGCUUCCUGUCUACCAGAAGUCAGAGGUCAUGCUGUUCAUCAUGGGAAAGAUUCCUGUUCCUGGCAUCUACCCUGCCCUGGGUUCGCCGAACGCUGGGUUCGAAGGCAGCAGGAUGAUCCAGGUGAUGCUGCUCAAAUCUCUCCUCCAGGUUUCGGAGCGUUAUGAGAGCAGCAACCUGCUGACGGCGCUGCCCUCCUCCUUCCUGGAGCCCCUGCUGUCCUUCACCCUGAUGGAGGAUCCAGAGAUCCGCCUGCUGGUUCUGUCCAUCCUCACCUCGCUUAUUGACCGGCGCCACAACGCCACCAGGCUCAUCACAGCCAGUGUGACAUUUGACGUGUCAGUGUUGGUGCUGAAGGAGGACAAGUGCUCUCGACAGGACAACCUGUUCAUGAGGAAGCACGCUCAGCGUCUCUACAGACACGUCUACCUGGCCUGUAAGGAGGAAAGCAGCGGACGCAGCCACUACCAGGCGCUCUUCACCCUGCUGGCUGUUCUCAGUGUGGAACUGGCCAACGAGGAGGUGCUGGUGGACCUGAUUCGCCUGGUCCUGGCUCUGCAGGAGCUAGCACUGUCCAAUCAGGAGCAUCUGUCAGUGUUCAACCGUUGUGGCAUUCAUGCCCUCUGUGCCACCUUCCUCCACCUGCUGUCUCAGCUCGGGCCACCUCCACCACUUCACCAGCACGUGACGCAGGUCAUAGAAGGUCGUCAGAGGGAGGCUCCAUACCUGCUGCCUGAAGAUGUUCUGGGUGACGACCCCAGGUUUCCAGAUGGUGAGCUGAAGGUGGCCGAAGCCUUGCUGUUCGUUCAGUCAAAGAUCUACGAGGGUCUGACAGGAAGCAGCUACACUCCACAAUCUGAGCGCCUGAACACACCAUACACACCUCAGCUCGCAGAUGAAGAUCGUCUGUCCAGGAGGAAGAGUAUCGGAGACGUCGUCUCUCUGCAGAUGGACAUGGACCUUCAGUGUAGCUCUGAUACACCACAGAAACCUCAGACCGAGCAGAUCACCUUCCAAACCUUGAAAAACGCCAUCGAGGAUAGAGGGAUGGUGGAGGAGGAGGAGAGGAGGAGGAUGCAGGUGGUGGAGAGGUUUCAGACAGCUCCUUUUGAGGAGAUAGCUGCUCAUUGUGGAUCCAGGAGCUGGCUGCUUCAGUCCAAACUGGACCAGGUCUUUGAUCUGAUCAUUCGUCCUCCUCCAUCUCCAUCUGGACAGUCGCCUCCUCGUUCAACGCCGCUCUACGAGAUGAAGUUUCCAGACCUGUGUGUCUACUAGAACCAAACACGCUGAGUCGGAUGCUGGUGGUGAUGAAGCAGAUAUGAUGUGUGAUGGGGUGUGAGAGGACAUCAUGACUGAAAAGGUUUCACAGCAGCUGUUUUGUCCCUCAUGCCCAUUUCUGCUCCCUUACGUACGUAGAUAGUGACGUCCGUUUCAAUUGUCGUCAUACGUCGCCGUCCUCUUACUUCUAUGUGUGUUUUGCCUUGUCAUGGUUGUUAAGUCAGCUCCUCCACUAGGGGGCAGUGCUGAGCUCAGCGUUCACUCCGGUGAGCCGACGUCGGUUUCAGACACCGUUAGCAGCGGUAAUGAGUCACUAUAAAGUUGUUUCCAAUGCCCAAAACGUC